AACGGCCAGGUGGGGCCGCCGCUGCUCCAGCGCCAUGUUGCGCGGCCUGGGCAGCUGGCUGGGGCUGGAGCGGGCAGGCGAGGAGAAGCUGCUGUCAGCUGAGGAGAGGAGCAGCUCCGCGGAGGAGGAGGAGGCGGCGGCGGGCGCGGAGCCGGCCGUGCCGAGCUCGGAGCAGGUGGAGGUGCAGGCGGACUCGGAGGCGCUCCUCAGCCAGGCUAAGGGACUCGGCAGUUACCUCUUCAAUUUUGCCACUGCUGCUACAAAAAAGAUAUCUGAAUCCGUUGCUGAAACAGCACAUACGAUAAAGAAGUCUGUAGAAGAAGGAAAAAUCGACAGCAUCAUUGAUAAGACCAUUAUUGGAGAUUUUCAGAAAGAACAGAAAAAAUUUGUCCAAGAGCAGCAAACAAAAAAAUCAGAAGCAGCAGUGCCUCCCUGGGUAGACAGCAAUGAAGAAGAGACCAUUCAACAACAAAUACUGGCCUUAUCAGCAGAUAAACGAAAUUUUCUGCGGGAUCCUCCAGCAGGUGUGCAGUUUAAUUUUGACUUUGAUCAAAUGUACCCUGUUGCAAUGGUGAUGUUACAAGAAGAUGAACUCCUCAAUAGGAUGAGGUUUGAUCUUGUUCCCAAACACAUAAAGGAGGAGGUAUUCUGGAGAAAUUAUUUCUACAGAGUAUCCCUAAUUAAACAGUCUGCACAACUCACUGCACUUGCAGCUCAACAGCAAGCAGUAGGAAAAGAAGAGAACAAAGGCAGAGAAGAGGAUAGUCAACUGAAAGAAACAGUACGGCCAAAAACACCACCUGUUACAAUAAAGCCUCAAAUAAAAUCUCAAGAGGAUGAAGAAGAGAUUUCCACAAGUCCAGGUGUAUCAGAAUUUGUGAGUGAUGCUUUUGAUGCCUGUAAUCUGAAUCAGGAAGACCUAAGAAAAGAAAUGGAACAACUGGUGCUAGAUAAGAAGAGAGAAGAGAGUGCAGUAGUAGAAGAAGAAACUGCCGACUGGGAAAAGGAAUUGCAACAAGAGCUUCAAGAGUAUGAGGUGGUGACGGAAUCAGAAAAACGUGAUGAAAACUGGGAUAAAGAAAUAGAAGAAAUGCUGCAAGAAGAAAAUUAAGCAUUUUAACAAAAUAGCUAUAACCCUAAGCUUGUUCAGAGAACUGACAUGGAUUUCUACUUUCAUAUUUUGCUUACAAAAGAUCUUCAAAAGACAUAAAUGAAUUGAAAUUUUUUAUAAUUCCAUAUCGGGAUAAAACCAGUAUUUCUGUUCUUUAUAUGAGCAGUUUCUGAACUUCUACAUUCUUCAAAAGAAAAAAAAAAGAGGAAGAAAAAAAAAGCAAGCACUGCAGAUUAUAUGUCAUGAUGAGAAGUGAUAAUAUUAUUACAUGAAGCAACAGUUUAGUUUGAGGCAUUUUUAGUUGGUUAAGAAGAGAUUUGUUUAUCUACAGCCUUCUGUUUGGAAUGUAAAAAUGGAUGUUGCAGGUAACUUAGUCCUUGAAAGUAACUCUCUCAUCACAUUUGCACUCUGAUCCCUGUAUAAUCUGUAAAUGUGUACUAUUUUUAAGGUACUUGUAGCUAGUAGCUUUCGUGUGUAUUUAACUUCCUUAAUGUACGUAGCCAAAGAAUUUAUAGAAAACCUUAUCAAAUAACUUCUGAUACUUUGUUAAAAAAAUACUAAUUCAGACUCCAAAAGAAGUACUGAUUAAUUAUUGAUCAGAUAGGAUUAACUGACAAACAUGUAAGUAUUUAAAUAAGAACUGUUAUUAACUGCUUGAAUUAAACUGUUGUUUUUUGUUAAAUGAUCAUAUUAAGAUAUUGCCUUUUCCCACAGAGAGAAAUGGCUUAAUGUAUUCUUUCUUCAGAAGACUAUUAUGUUUCCAUUUAAUUUUGCUGAGUGAGAGCAAAUUAAAUGUUUCUUUUCGUUUUAAGUGCUGAAACAUUUAUGUAAGAACUUUGGCUGGUUUGGACAUCUUUAUUAAAUACUGUAAAUAUGUGUAAAAUUGGCUCAUUUAUUUAGGAGGAGGGCAGAAUAAGUGGCAAACAUAUUUCAGACUUAUACAGAUUUCAAAAAUAUACUUUGUCACUGCGCUUAAGACAUAGAAUUUAAAUAAAAAAUAGUUUUCUUUAA